AUGCUUUUACAAGGCGAUAUAUUCUUUUACGAUACCGAGAAGAACCAUUCACCUCCAAUUCCAAUGACCUACGGCGAAAUUCUCGGCAACAACGGCCUCAUCGCAUCCUCGUUAUCCCUCAAACCUAAUUCGGUGUUGCGUAUGCCAGAUGCAAACCUCAGCAGGUACAAAUUUUAUUUGGAAGCCCACCUGGUUGCAUGUGAUCUCAUGGCAUCAACACACAUAACCACCGCAUCCUACCUUUCGUUGGUUGGUAUGAGUGCCGAAUUUCAAUGCAAGAGGUGUCUUGAUGCUAAACAAGUGACUUGGGUAGAGUUGGUGCGCCACUACAUCAUAUCUAAUGAGUUCUUCAAGAAGAAUCUGAAGAUAGUGCGCUCACUCGGUGGAUGUAUCACGCACAGAAAUGCGCAUGAUACUUACCUUCCCACCCAACAAACCAUGGUUGGAUCUUGUUCAAUCGAUCCGCAAAUGGAGCUCGACGCACACACGGGCAAGCGCCGCAAAGGCCUAUUAUGCGCCCAGGUUCCGGGUCUGAAAGACGUGGUUGCCCCCGAGUGGGCAAUCGUUAGGCACCUUCAAGACGUACCGGCGCAUACACUUAUCAGACACGGAAUUGCUGAGCCGGCGGCGUGUUUGCACUAUACACCUCAGCACGUGUACGACUCUAUUGCCGACUUUGGAGGAUACGGCCUCCCACCCCACGAUUUGGCAUUUCUCUGA